UCACUGAUCUUUUUGGGUUGAGCAGCGUCAAAAAGAAGCUUAAAGACUAAGAAAAAUGGUUCCUCACCUUCGAACCCUAAAAAUUUAAUAAAACAAAAAGCAAAAGAGAGUAGUGGGCGGAUCGAUGGGAUGAGAGAAACAAGGAACAAAAUAAAUAAACACCCACCUCUUUAUCUUUCCAUCUCCAAUUCUGAUCUUUUUUUCCUCCCCUUCUCUCUGCAGCAGCAACUAUCUCUUGUGGAUGUGAUUCUCCAAUAAUAUUACAUCCUGUAAAAACGCACAUCAAACUUUUACAAAAGAGAAAGCUACCCAUGGUUUUCUCAUCCGUUCCCGUCUAUCUGGAUCCACCCAACUGGCAACAACAGCAAACAAAUCAUCAACAAGGAGGUGGAUGUGAUCAGAAUAAUCUUCAGCUUCCGCAGCAGCCGUCUUCAGAACCUAGGUGCACUUCAAGAGAUGGCAGCGGCAGUUUGGGCUCGAUCAAACCUGGGUCCAUGUCUGAUCGAGCCCGGCUGGCCAAUAUACCACAGCCAGAGACGGCACCGAAAUGCCCUCGAUGUGAAUCCACAAACACAAAGUUUUGCUACUUCAACAAUUACAGCCUUUCCCAGCCUCGCCACUUUUGCAAGACGUGCCGGCGCUACUGGACCAGAGGAGGAGCCUUGAGAAGCGUGCCGGUGGGAGGAGGCUGCCGGCGAAACAAAAGAAGCAAAGAGGGCAACAGCAGCAGGUCAAAAUCACCAGGCGCAGCUGGUAAUUCAAGCUCAAGUACAGUCAAUUCUUCCAACAGCUGCAGCACUAGUGAUAAUAUCAUAGGCCGUUUGAUACAUCCACCACCACCACCACAUCAAUUGCCCUUUUUGCCCUCCUUACACCAUCUUACUGAUUAUGGUUCCGGGGACAUGAUAGGGUUGAAUAAUUUUGGGGGUAUUAAUCAACCCGGUGAUGUUGAAUUCCAACACCAUCAGUACGGUUCGGAUCGGUUGAGUGCCAGGCCAAAUAUUUUAGGCAUGAAUAAUAUGAGUAUUUCUGAGCAUUGGAGAUCAUCACUACUUCAGCAACAAUUUCCUAAUUUCUUGGCUAAUUUGGAACCACCACCUAGUACUACUCAUGGGAUGUACCAAUUGCCGUUAGAUCAUUCGGCGGGUAACAGAGUUACUACUACUCAGAUGGUUAAUGUGAAAAUGGAACACAGUCAUCAAGCACUGAAUUUGUCAAGGAAUUUUUCGGGAAGUCUGGGAAAUGAUCACCAAUACUGGGGUACUAGUACUGCUGGUACUGGUGGCAGUGUUUGGACUGAUCUUUCUGGUUUCACAUCUUCUUCUUCUACCACCCAUCUCUUGUGAUAUUUGAUCAUUGUCACUUGUUUUUCAUUGAAUUAUUACAGGUUCAAGAGAAAAUGAUCAAGUACUCUCGAAGGUAAUAAAAUUUCAACCAAUCGAUCAACCAAUGCUAACUUCUCAAGGGUUUUGAAGGUUCAAGUCCAAAAGUAUGUGUGAGAUGAAAUGGGAAGGUGGAACAAUCUCAUCAUAUUUUGUCAAAAGAAGCUUAAUUAGAUGAAAUGGUAGGAUUUUAGUUUGGAAUCGUUUGUUGUUUUUUAUUGCUUUAGUUUUUGGGAGAGUUUAUGUAGCUUAGCUAUGUGCUUAAUCAUGUUUCAUGGAGACUUGGAGUACUUUUGUAUCUGACAUUUUGAAGGGCCAAAUUGUUAUCAUUCGUCAAAUGAAUGCUAUGUGUACCAAGUUUCCUUCACUAAUUUUAAAAGUUUUGUUCAA